CCCGCUCGGCCGAUCCUGCCCGGCUGCCCCACGCCACGCGCGACCUGCGAGUCUGCGACUGCGUCAAGUCCUAGCGGCGGCGGCGCGCGGUGCCCAGCCCUUGCCCCGGCGGCGGGCGGCCGACGCCCCGCGGCACCUCGUCCCCUUGCGGCCGCCCCUAGUUGGCCAGCCCCAUCUCCAUCCUCCCAGCCGACCGGCCCCAGCCAGGCUACGCCGGGUUGCCCCUUGCGGCCUUGCCCCACCCCUCAUUUGGCACCAAGCAUCAUGUCGGAAAGAGGUCGCUUGGCAAGGCGAUUGAGUGAUGAUCGCAGGGGGUACCAUGAAGUCCCUCUAGUUGACCCCAGAGGCAGAGGUUAUCCUGAAGUUCUUGUUGUUGGGGAUCGUAGGAGCUACUCUGACAUCCGUGUGGUUCAGGAACGCCGGGACUAUCAUGAAAGCCGUCUGCUUGAUGAACGUAGGGUCUACCCUGGUGUUCGUAUGGCCGACCCUAGGGGCUAUCCUGGCAGUCGUGGGAUUGAUGACCGUAGGGCCUAUCCUGAGAUCCAUGAAGGCCCACGCAUGAGGGCAGCUCACCCUCACCCAGCUGUCUUAGAGGAUGAGCUCGAGUUACAGGAAGUUGAACUCCGGAGGCUUUUGGCACAUAACCGUGCUCUGGCAGAGGAGCGUGAAGUGUUAAGCAGGGAAAUACAAGCUGGAAAAGAUGAGGUCCGCCACUUGAACGUGAUCAUUGCAGACAUUAGUACUGAGAAAGAAAGUUAUAUUAGUAAGCUUGUGGACAAGAGGAGGAAGCUUGAAGCUGAACUUGGAGCAAGUGAGCACUUGCGUGAUGAGGUCAGGCAGCUCCGUGGUGAGAUCGACAAGCUCAUUACCACUAGGAAAGAACUAUCUGCAGAGGCUGCAUCUCUCAUGGAGGAGCUGAACAGGGAACAAUCCGUUCAACAGCAGCUACCCAUGCUGAAAACAGAACUUGAUGGUCUGCAACAGGAACUUAUUCACGUGAGGACUGCUUGCGGGCUAGAGCAGAAGGGGAAUUUGGAAUUGCUGGAACAAAGGAAGGCAAUGGAGAAGAAUCUGCUUUCUAUGGCACAAGAGAUUGAACAGAUGCGAGGCGAAUUAGCUAAGUUUGAAGUUAGACCAUGGGUCACAGGUGGAACAUAUGGGAUGCAGAUGGGGAGUCCUGAAGUGACCUUCACUAAGAACCCAUAUGAAGAUAGUUACAAUAUCAAUGCGGGGGUUUCUGAGAAAGGUCCUUUGCAUCCUCCUGAAUCUGGUUCAUGGGGGACAUAUGACAAGAAUCGACUUCAGUACCGCUAAGAUCAGAACUUAAUGGGUGAAAUUCUUAGUUGGUCCUUCCACCAGCAACCAUGAGUUGAAAAGAGCAGUCCUACAAGAAAUGCUGAUGGCAAAGGUUGUCUCAGAUAACUUUGAUGAACCAGGAAGAUCACAACAUCCAGAUAUGGUACAAGAAUCAAUAAUCAAAUGGUUUAGCAAUUGGAGAUAUGAGCAAAAGCCUUGGGGAAUCAUAUGAAGGCACAGCAGCAAUUGUUGCAACACUUGACGGAACAUGAAUAUGAAUGUGACACCAAGGGUGACUGGUUCAUCAGCAGAGCAUGUGAAAAUGUUUUUCAGUGCAACAAAGCUGGGAAACUUUGGUUUGUUUGUAAGUCUUUGGUCCAUGGCAAUGCAAUUUCUUCUGAGAAAGACGAAAACAGGCUGCUGCAAAUGUGAGCUUACAGUUUUUUUCGAUGGUGGGUUUACUUGUGCCAGGCAAGUUUCCAAGCUAAACAUUUUGAAGGUGUUCAGCUGCCUGUCCCUUUGCUCCUGGACCAAAUGAAUCCAGUAUCUUAAUUUAUUUAUUUAUGAUCAGUAUCUUGAUGAACUUACCAGUUUAAGCAACGAUGGAGCUUGGGAUCAGGAGAGCCAUCUGGGUUUGUGCAACAAGGAACACAGCAAACCUGUCGAUUGUUGAUCUUCAGUUAGUAGAGUGAUUCAAGAGCCCUUGAGUGAGUUGAACAUAAUCCAUAAUCCAUGGAUGUGAUUGAAGCGAGAAUGUUCUGAGGUGCUGGUCCUGUUGGUGUAUGUCAUAUUGCCAUGCUUUUCAGAAAAUGUGGUACGACUGCACUCAUGGGUAUGCCAUGGCAAAACAAAGAUGCAGAUCAUAGGACCUGCCCAUGGACCAUGUUACCAGCAAGCUCACUAUGUACUGUAUAUGCCAAGUUUAUGGUGCUUUGCUAUUGCUGUGAUACCUUGACUGAAGGUUCACCUGAAACUGAAGGUUUUUAAUACCCAUGUCCGUGUGUACUAGGUGGCUGAUUGUUGGAAGUUGAGGAGGGAAUGUACGUGCGAAGUGCAAUCAGAAGGGCAUCCAAAGUUGCCCAGUGAAAGGAAACCAAUGAUUUCUCAACUUCAGUUGCUCCGCAAACUCAAUUAUCAGUCUGAUAACUGUGGAGAAUCAAUUGUCAUCUACAACAAAAGUUCGCCCGUAAGAUUGUUCUGAUGUUGGUGCACAUUCCGUCCGCAUUCAUCAUAACAUUUCAGCAAGGGUUGGCUGAAGGAGCAGCAUUGGCCUGUAGUUGUCUAGUACGAAACAGCUCAAUUCAAAAUGGUAAUAGUGAUUUUCUGGGGGGGGAAUGGCCUCCUGAACAUCCGACGUGCUUUGCUGACACAUGAACUUUGGAAAAUUUUGAGUAGAGAUUUGAAAGGCAAGUGUAUUCUCUGUUUCCAAGAGAGCUGAGAGCAGCAUCAGAUUCAGAGCAAGAGGAGGCAGCUGGCCUGCUGCAGUUGAGUGUUGACAAAGACAUGGUAUUCGGUGCAUGCAUGCAUGCAUGCAUGUGACAGUGCAGCAUUUGACCACCAAUCCAAUCCACCAUAUCCGGGUGUGGCUCACUCCCACGAAGCACGGCAGAUCCACGUAGAGG